GAGGAGACUGCGGCGACUGCAGCGGCUGGUGGGAACCUGAUGUGGCAGAGGGGCCGCUGCUGCCAACAGGGAGCGGAGGGCCCGCGAGCCGAGUGCUGGACACACUGCCGCCAUCCUGUUUGCCUGUCCAGCAGCCCACUUGACACGCUCCUCUCCUAAGGAUCCUCCCUCCCAGCUCUAGCAAGCACCUGGCUCGUCGUCUGCUGGUCCUCCUUUGACACAGGCUCACCGCGGAGGCAGCAGCGAGGCAUGAAGACCCCGCUCGGAAAAGCAGCUGCAGGGCAGCGGUCCAGGACAGGCGCAGGACAUGCCAGUGUGUCUGUGACCGUGAUGAAAAGAAAGGCUGCACACAAGAAGCAUAGGAGCAGACCCACCUCCCAGCAUCAGAGGAGCAUCGUAGGCUGCAGAAUUCGGCACGGAUGGAAAGACGGAGAUGAACCUCUAACACAGUGGAAGGGAACCGUUCUGGAUCAGGUACCUGUAAAUCCCUCUCUGUAUCUUAUCAAAUAUGAUGGAUUUGACUGUGUUUAUGGAUUGGAACUUCACAGAGAUGAAAGAGUGUCAUCACUUGAAAUCCUUCCUAAUAGAGUUGCAUCAUCUAGAAUCAGUGAUACACACUUAACAGAAAUUAUGAUUGGCAAAGCAGUGGAACAUAUUUUUGAGACAGAGGAAGGUUCCAAAAAUGAAUGGAGGGGGAUGGUCUUAGCUCAGGCACCUGUCAUGAACACAUGGUUUUACAUUACCUAUGAGAAAGAUCCUGUAUUAUAUAUGUACCAGCUCUUAGAUGAUUAUAAAGACGGUGACCUACACAUCCUUCCAGAUUCCAAUGAUUCUCCUCUCGCAGAGAGGGAGCCAGGAGAAGUCAUAGACAGCCUAGUAGGCAAACAGGUGGAAUAUGCCAAGGAGGAUGGCUCCAAGAGAACUGGCAUGGUCAUUCAUCAGGUGGAAGCAAAACCCUCUGUGUACUUCAUCAAAUUUGAUGAUGAUUUCCAUAUCUAUGUCUAUGAUUUGGUAAAAACAUCUUAG